AAAUUCUGUAUUGGACGACAAUCGAUUAUUAACUCUCCCUAAUGGUGAACGUUUAAGUCUUCCGAAUAAUGUCCGUAUUAUGUUUGAAGUAGAAAAUUUGAAAUAUGCAACAUUAGCUACUGUCAGUCGUUGUGGUAUGGUGUGGUUCUCUUCGGAAGUGGUUACUCUUGAUAUGAUUUAUUAUAAUUAUAUGGAAACUUUAAAAUCUGUUCCUUUGGAUGAAAGUGAAGAAGAAGGAUCCUCUACUCAUAAUAGAGUUGAAGGAGAAGAGACUAUCUCCCCACAUCUCAGUACACAACGUGAUAUUGCUAGUAUACUUGGUAAACAUAUGACUGAAGAAGGAUUAGUCACACGAACUCUUAUGGAGGCAGAGAAAUUGGAACAUAUUAUGGACUUUACUUACAUGCGCGUGUUGAAUACAUUAUUUUCUUUAUUAAACAAAACUGUACGCAAUGUAAUUGAAUACAAUGUACAACAUCCUGAUUUCCCAAUGACAGCAGAACAUUUAGAUGGUUAUGUAACUAAGCGUCUAGUUCUUGGUGUUAUUUGGAGUUUCUCUGGGGAUGCUAAAUUAGAUUACCGUGCUGUGCUAGGCAAUUUUGUUCGUGGAAUAGCUACAGUCGAUUUGCCUCCUGCGCAAGUGGGUUCAACUCUCAUCGAUUAUGAUGUUCAAAUCAAUAAUGGUGAAUGGGUAUCAUGGACUGGCAAAGUUCCAACUAUUGAAAUUGAAACCCAUACGGUAUCUGAGGCUGAUGUGGUUGUUCCUACAGUUGAUACUGUUCGGCAUGAAGAAAUAUUGUACUCCUGGCUUUCAGAACACAAACCUCUUUUAUUAUGCG